AUGAGGAUCAUGCGGCGUGUCUUGCGUCCUGCAGUACGGCUUCAAUCUGUCUCAAAGCGAUUCUUCGCCUUAGCCCGCGACAACAACUUAUGGCGGCUCCAUUGCUACGAGAACACAUGGGCUGCUCUAUUAGCCGCUCGGCCCAGUGUCGAAGGCUCCGAUAGCCUCGCCACGGAUUCCACUGCAUCUCUCAGCUCCCUAGGACAACCAUCGCUUCGCUCCCUAAUCCAGCCUCAAGCUCUGCCGAACAACAACGAUCCGGAUACCCAAGGCCGGACGCCGACCUUCGGCGAAAGAGCAAGGGCUGCAGCCGCUUGGGACCCGUCCGCAGAGGGAGAAGAUGUCGAUUGGUACUCGGAAUAUAUUGCUCGUAAUGGACCAAUAUCACUCAGCUGGCUCCAGCAGCCGUUCACAAGGACACAGAGUGGUGGAAAAUCUUACAUCGAGGUGAAAGGGAUGGGACUUUUGCAGGACUGGAGCUUGGCUAGGCAAAAUAAAGUGAUAUCACCUUUGAGUGACGGCAGUGUUUGUGUUUGGGAUCUCAACCACUCUCAUGCGAUCGGUUCUCGGGUCACAAAGGGCAGCAUACUUGGGACGAGCGCACCAGGUAUUUUGACGGUUGACAUGUCUCAAAAAAAAGAGAACCCCGCGGCGAAAUCAGCACUAGAGUUCAUCAACCUGGGCGAAUGUGUGAGCGUGGAUUCGAUUCGACAAAGGGCUUACCUGGCUGUAGGGCAUGUCGUGAAUGAAGUCGAUCUUGAGACGCUCAAAGUUGUUUCUCAACAACGAUAUCCUUGGUCAGUGUUUGCUUUGUCUCAGGAGACCGACUACUCCGUACCGUUGACUCUAGCGACCACCUUGAGUCUACAUAUCUAUGAUGGGCGGCUCUCAAAAACGGAGGAGGAAGAGGCGAUCAAUCUACGUUGCGAGCAGCCAACGAUCUCUUUGGUUCCAGAGUCUCUGAUUUAUACUCCACCAGACUCACCACUCCUACAGAUUCAGCCGAACGGAAGGCCACCGCAUCGAAUUCGAAGCCCUGAUCCCUCUGAAACGAGCGACAACUAUGCACCACUGUUCCAGCCGGGUCCCCUCUCAGUCCUGCAUCCCCCGGGCCCGCAUGUGAAUACAAUAUUUCUUGCAGGCCGCUUUCCGAGUAUACUCCAGUAUGACCGCCGCUAUUUCCCAAAGUUGCAAAGCACGGUCCAUUCAGGCGGGCGGCUUUGCGGCCUUGCUUCUGUUCCUGCUCCUCGCUUUCCUGUCUUCUCUAGCCCUAGAUACCCGUCUUCACACACCAUUGUUGCAUGUGGUGAAUACAACGGGAAGGGCUCUCUUGAGCUCUACCACCUUACUCCAUCCGGUGAAAAUGACGAGAAUGGACCUUCGGGCUGCUCUUCGAGCCUCACAGCAGCAUACCAGAAUCGACAAAGUGCUGCUCGCUCAAAAUUACUGUCCGUCCAAUCUCAUGGCACGCGGAUUGUCUAUUCCGACGGGGACGGUAAUAUCAAGUGGGUUGAGCGUGAUGGACGCACUGAAGUUCGUCGUUUAAAUAUCAACUCAAAGCGGCCGCCUGCAGGGACUGCGUUUAGUCCAGACGGUCAUGGUUACUCUCAUAUAGACGACGGUGCACAUGAUGUGAGUGGCCUCUGGGCUAGUGUGUCUCGGGCCCAAAACGAGGGAGAUGUAGCCCGAAAGAUUCUCCCAACAGGCGGUAACCUCACCGGUGAUGAGCUUCUGGUCUGGACAGGGGACCGUCUAGGCCGAAUCAUGUUCUCAGAUACACCAGAUGCCGACGAAAUAGGAGAAGAUGACGAAAUGUCUCUAGAUGAAGAAGUCGAUGAUGCCACGCGCGAAGAAGUGCGGUCGAAAAAGCGCGAACUACAAGCGCGCGAGCGAGAAUACUCGAAAAUGAUGCGAAGAGCUCUAGAGACGCAAGCUGACGAGGUGCGGCGGAUGGGCGACUUCGGUCUUUAA